UUGACCUCAUCGAACACAAGUCAAGAUUGAUUAUGAGAAGAUCAAAGUAGAGACCAAAGACAUAAAGUUUUGUCUUGUCGCAUUUAGUUGGAAAGUGUGGAAGAAGAAGUGAGCCCCUCUGCCUUCUCCCUUCCCUCCGCCUCCUCAAGCAACCUCUGCCAUCCAUGAGUGCGAGCAACUCUUCUGCCUAUCGAUCGGAGCGGAGUUUCCAUCAGACGUCGUCCUCGUCUUCCUCCAGCAAUCCGUACAUGGAGAAGAGUCACGGGAUGUUUUCCGAGGACUUUAGCCCCUUCAUGAGGUCUGGGGGUGACACCUUGGGCUUUUCCAGCGGAAGUGGCAAGAUCAAAGCGCUCGGGGACUCGUACCAGUUCACAGUGGACGUUCGGGACUUCUCCCCUGAAGAUGUCAUCGUCACCACGUCCAACAACCAAAUUGAAGUCCGCGCGGAAAAGUUGGCCCAGGACGGUUCCGUGAUGAACACAUUCACCCAUAAGUGUCAGCUACCCGAGGACGUCGACCCCACCUCUGUGACGUCAUCUCUUGGAGCCGAGGGGACGCUCACGGUCCGGGCACGGCGACAUCCGGCCAAACACGAGCACGCAGAGACCUUCCGCACCGAAAUUAAGAUUUAGGCGAGGAUCCACAGAGAUACACACCAUUCUAUAAUGCACUAGGAAUUAAUUCUUGUCAUGUGUUAUAAUAUGAUAUUAUCAGUUGUGUGAAUAAAAGUCUCACACUUU